AUGAUAGAAAUAUGUGUUGGAGAAGAAGAGGGAUUGGUGGGAAGGACCAGGGGAUAUGGAGUGUCGAGAGGAGAAAAGUGGUGGUGGAAUGGCGAGGUGCAAGAAUCAAUUAAAAGGAAAUCAAAAGCAUUUAAGGAAUGGAAAGUAAGGUAUGCACAGGGUGCAGAAGAAAGGAUCAGAGAAGAGGAAAGAGAGGCAAGGAGGAGGGCAGGUAUGGUUAUGGGUAGGGCAGCAGAGCAGUUGAAUGAAAGACUAGGAACAAGAGAAGGAGAAAAGGAUAUUUAUAAGAUUUCAAACUUGAGGAAAAGGCAGAGAUAA